AUGCUACACCACACGGCGGUGGACGAUGAACUCAAGCCGUUCCAGCCCCGGCGUCCCUCAAUACCAGACUCAGCGCCCUUCGCGGCCCCCAAUCGGCCCAGCUCUCGUUCCUCACGACCAAGUUCGCGAAAUCGCAUGGUGAAACCACCGGCCACUCCAACGGGCCUCGGCGCGCGCACAGAAAAAGUCCCGCACUUGCCUUCGGAUAGCCCAGCAUCGGGCAGUCCCAUCAAAGAGGGACUCGGGAGUGUCAAUCGUUGGUCCCACUCAACCGCAUCGAGCAAGGCUCCAUCGGACUACGGGAUUCAUCGCCGAGGGAGCUCCAAAAUGUCGAUAUCAGGGGAUCGCCAGUCCCCACAGGCUGUGAGGAAUGUAGUGGAUUAUAGUCGAAGCGCGGGAAACCAUAGUCCUCAACGUGGGCAAACGGACGCUCCGAUGUUGAUGCUUCCCGAGCUUGGAUCAUCCGCCAUGUUUGCUGCCGACCCAACUUCCCCGCCGCUGGAUCUCUCAUUUACGGCCUCCGGCAAUCUCGCACAAAACCAGUCACCCAAUAAACCACAAACGGGCACAGAAACAGCCCGCCCCGCCAACAGCGUGGCUCACACCAACCAAGGCUCCAUGUCUCUAGCCGAUGGGGAAGGGGGUCCGGAAUCGCGGCAUCAUAGCCAGACCCAAAAAGUCAUGCUCUCCAGGGCUCUCCAAAAAGCAAACACCGCAGUUCUGCUGGACAAUGCGGCCAAUUUUGAGGGCGCCAUGGAGGCGUACAACGAUGCCUGCAACCUACUGCAAUUGGUCAUGUUCCGCAGCAAUGGUGGCGAGGAGGAAAAAAUGAAGCUGCAGGAAAUCCGUGACACAUACAUGAUCCGAAUCACCGAGCUUCAGCGCCUGGACAUUCCUCUCCCCGAUGAUGAUGGCAAGGCCCUUCCCGAUCGCCCCCUGAGUCAGGAGUCAUAUGGUGAAUUCGAUGACCACGGAAUUAUCGAUACUCAACCAAGCUCUCUCCGCUCCAGUCUGAACUUCCAAGAUGCCGCACUGGACGAUAGGGAACGAUUAGCCUCAGGCAUGGUGCCUCCUAGACGCCAAUCAUCAAUGAAGAAUCAACAUCCACGGUACCGAGAACCCUCCAUGCCGCAGGAAUCCAAUGAAACAACCUCGUGGCUGGAUACGAUCGAUGAGUCUGGUGCAUCGUCACCAUCAUCGGCCAAUUCCAGGGCUUCGUCCGUAUAUCUGCGCCGCCGGACGAGCCGCCGCUUGAGCAAUGAUACCGAGGCUGCGUUUGAUGCUGCACUGGACGCUGCGGUAGAGGCCGCGUACGACGAAGGCCUAGAGCCAGUCUUGGAGUAUAAUGAAGAUGAAAGUGACUAUAUCGUGGCCAAUGCCCGCAGGAAUAUCGAGCUGGCGAAGCAAAGGGUUCGGGAGGCGGAACGAGAGGCGGAAGCUAUGAAUCGUGGCCGUGCAAUGCGUCACAUGCAAGAGCAGAGGAUAGAUGGCCACCCCCAUGGUUUGGAUUCGGAUUAUCUGGAUGAAGAAGCGGAAGAGGAGGAGCGCCUCUUGGAGGAGAUGACCAAGGGCUAUGUGAUGGAUGACUUCGAAUUCGGCCUUCAGUCUAAGUCUGCUCUUCCCCGAGAAUCUGGCUCGAGCAACGUGUCAGGAAGAACCUGGGAAAGCUCUGUGACAUCCAAUCUCAGCGCCGGUGCUACUCUGUCGACUCUUGCGGAAGAUGACGACGACCAGAAGACGGUGCCCAACACCUUACCCUAUUCUCCACCCACCUCGGUCUUGCCAGCCAUUCCAGCCUCGUCUGAUUUCCCUGGCUUGCCACCGCAACGGGUUUCUAUCACCCGGCCGCCUAUGCCCACCAAUGAACCACCCGCCAUUCCCGGGGUACGAGCGCGGAGACUGUCUGGCCAGAACCGGGAUCUGAAGAUUAACAUUGGGUCUCGUGCCCGAACGGACUCAACCGAAUCAGCAAUGGACUCCUUUGCGACACCAUUGACUAGCCAAGCGCCACCGCCUCUCCCAAAGGAUGACCCCUCAGACUUAUCCAGGUCGUCUACUCCGGCCUUCCGAUCCAACGCGCGCAACCCUUCGAUUGGAUCUUUCGUGGAGAACGCCUCAGCUGCUGCCAAUCUGUCUAGGGUACUCUCAAGAGAAGAUGAGGAACCAGAGCUGCCACCAGUCCCAUCGUCAUCCGCCCCGCGCCCUAUGGCCAAGAUUCCCUCGGCACCAGACGGUUUAGACAGACGCGGUUCGAGCACCAAGGCCUUCCGCAGUCGAAACGUCUCUGUUUCCACUCCCGAUACGGCCCCUGAUUCACCAACGACACCGUUCAGCGGCUCGUUCCCAAACUUGGACAAUCAGAGAAGCGCGCUGUCUAACAGUAUUCCAAUCCCGCCUACUCCCACUGGUAUUAGCUUUACGCAGAAUGGACUACCGACGGGUGGCCUCAAUCUCUUUGAUUGUGAUAUUCACUCACCUACCACUCUGGGCUGUCCGAAUUCACAACUGCCAAAUGGCCCUGUUCCGUUGGAGCCGUGCCCGGAGUCUUAUCUUCUUCGUCCAUUCUGGUUGAUGCGAAGCUUAUAUCAGACGAUUGCUCAUCCUCAAGGAGGGUACUUGUCAGCCAAACUCUUUAUUCCCCGCGAUGUCUGGCGAGUGAAAAAUGUCAAACUCAAAGCUGUUGAGGAUAAGGUGUCCAACUGCGAUCUCUUGACUGCCGCGCUACUCAAGUUGGCUCAGGUGGAUACAUACGAUGCGGAUGCGGUGCUAGAAGAGAUGCAGGCGCUUGAGAACGUUCUCGACCAGGUUCAAAAUGUGUUGACCAAGAAACUAGGCCAUGAGGUCGGUGUACAGGCGGCUAUGCCCCUCUUAAAGCAGGGUGCAGCGCCAGACGAGCUGGCUCAUGUGGAGAAUUUACCCACUAAGACCUCCAGUACGAGCAACAAGUCAUCAUCCCUACGGUCCUGGAAACGGCUACGGUCAAAGACUUCCGGUGUAGGAGGUGUCAGCGCCCCCGUGGCAAGUGUCAGGGAAAGCAACAAGGACAAUCUGACUCUGAACUCGCUCCCCAUGUCCUCGACUCCUUCGACCCAUCCGAAGCGCAAUGUCACUCAGCUGGAACUGGGAGGGCCCAAUGCCAACUACAUGGGCGCGUUGGCUCGUCUCUUUGAUGCUGUUCAGGUUCUAGAUCAAAUCGCCCAGCAGGUCGAAGAUCCUGGACUGAAACAUUCGUCCCCGACGCAUGUCGGUCUAGAGCUCAGCACGCGACAUGCUGCCGAGUUUUUUGGUUUCUAUGUAUGCCGCUUCGCAUUGACUGAUGUGGGCAUGAUGCUCGACAAGUUCAUCAAACGGGGCAGUGAAUGGGUGCUGAUUUAA